AUGUUGCUCCUUCCCGCCGGGGCUGCCUUGCUCGCAGCAGGAGCGGCACAUGCUGCCGCCCAGGACACGUGGGCCGUCCCGCCCAACCUGCACUACGCCCAGGACGCCUCGUGGAGGGGAGUCGACGCAGACGGCACCGUUCGCGGCUUUGACGUCUCGGGACACUCGACCGUCAUCCCCGGCGUCCACGACUUCAUCCGCCUCGUCCCCGGCACCCCUCUCGCACACGGCGCCAUCUUCUCGCGCCAACCGCUCAAGGCCAAGGAGUGGAUCGCCGAGAUCGCGUUCCGCGUACACGGUCCGCCUGCGACCGGCCUCGCCGAGAUGGACGAGAACGGUCACCAAAAGCGCCUGCACAAGGGCGGUCGAGGACUGGCAUUCUGGGCGACCAAGUCGGGCCUGCCGGGACCCGCCACCAUCUCGUCCGAUCCCUCUGUCAAGGUCUCGCCACCACCUCCUGCUGUUCCCGAAACUCGCAGCUCGACCGACGCCGACGUGUCGCUGUUCGGCGGCCGCACCUCGUUCGACGGCCUCGGCGUCAUCUUCGACAGCGCGCCGACCGCGCCCGUCUGGCGGCGCAGCGACCCGCGCAACCUGAUCGGCGACGCCGAGCACGAGACGUGGGGCGUCGGCGCGACGGGCGUCGUGAGCGGCGUCAUCGACGACGCGACGCAGAAGUGGCUCGACUCGGAGCGAGGGUCGGGCCCCGAGGGCGAGGAGGAGGCCGCGUACCUCGACAAGGCGUUCGGCGAGUGCGAGGCGGCGUUCCGCAACGCCCAGGGCUUGCUGUGGGCGAGGAUCGCCCACUUUAACCACACGGUCAGAGUCGACCUCGACCUGAGCCCGCACACGACGCUCGCCAAGGCCGGUCGUCAUUACGAGCACAACUGCUUCAGCCUCGAGGGCGUCACGCUUCCUGUCGGGACUUUUGUCGGCAUCUCGGGCCUCGCGAGCGGCAACACCGAGCCUGACGUGGUCGACGUCUACGCCAUGGACGUCUUCGAGAUUCUUCCGAACGGCGACGCCGAUGCCGCUCACCCGGUCGUCACGGACGAGCCGGUCGAGGAGGUGCUCGCCGAACCGCUCGAGGGCACGUCGUCCGAGGCGGUCCCCAUCCUCACGCACGAGAUCUUCGUCUCGCAAGCCCGCAUGGUCGAGGCCAUCGACGACCUCGCCCGCAAGGUCGAGAGCGUGCAAAACGUCGUGAGCGACCUCGCUCGUCGCGGCAGCGUGAACCCGUUCGCCGGUAUCGUGCCGCUAACGUCGCAGGUUGGCGGCCAGGGCUCGGCGGACGCUGCCUCUUCCGCCCACCUCGCCUCUCUCGACGCUCGCCUCUCGACUAUCCUGUCGACCCUCCAGUCGCGCGACGCCUCGUCGCAGCCCGGCGGCCUCGACGUGCACGACGCCCUCGUGCGCAUCCAGCAGCUGUCGGACCAGGUCCUGCUCGAGGUCCAGUCGGUCGCGCACAAGCUCGACCAGUCGUCGACCCAGUCGAGCGCGAGCAGCAGCGUCCUGCAGGCCAAGACGGGCGAGCUCGUCAACCUCGCGCGACAGGCCGAGGAGCGCGCGCUCGAGCUCGCGACCAAGGGCGACUGGUCCAAGUGGCUCUGGAUGGUGGGCGGCGUCGGCGCAGGCUUUGCGUUGACGCGGUGGAAGGACAGCAGGAAGAGGGACGACGUGUGGGACGAGAGGAAGUUCCUGUGAGCUCGGCGGCGCCGCUCGCGCUGUUCGAGGACGGCUCGAGGCGCUCUCGGUCCGCGAGGGCAGGUGCAACUCGCGCAGUUGCUUCAUGCCA